AUGGAUGGCAAUAACUGGAGGCCUGCUGCUCCUGGCGGAGAAGCUCCCAUGGAUGGGGGUGACUGGAGAGCUACAUUGCAGGUUGAGUCACGGCAAAGAAUCGUGAACAAAAUAAUGGAGACAUUAAGGAGGCAUCUACCUCUUUCUGGUCAAGAUGGGCAACAAGAAUUGAAGAAAAUCGCUGUACGAUUUGAGGAAAAGAUUUAUACUGCUGCAACUAGUCAGUCUGAUUAUUUACGCAAGAUAUCUUUGAAGAUGCUCACAAUGGAGAGCAAAUCACAGAAUUCUAUACCCACUUCUUUGCCGCCUAGCUCAGCUGGCACUGGCAAUAAGCCCCCUGAUCCAGGAGCAUCCCCUAGUUUGCAGCCCCAAGUUCACAACCAGGGGCAAUCACUUCCCAUUCCAUUGCCAGGUAAUCAAGCUCAAGGACGCCAACAGUUGUUAGCUCAGAACAUGCAGAACAGUAUGACUUCUACAGGAGUCCAAAGUUCUGCUGGUCUACCGUCUUCAUUGCCUCCUGUUUCUGGUAUAAACCAGACUCCAAUCAAUGUCGUUGGCCAGAAUGGUAGCAUGCAGAACAUGUCUAAUGUUGCACAAAACCAAGUUGGUUCUUCAAUGGGGCAGGGGGUUCCCCCAAACAUGUUUGGUAAUCCUCAAAGACAGAUGGCUGGGAGGCAACAGGUUAUGGGCCAGCAGCAACAACAGCAGUCACAGAAUCCUUAUCUUUAUCAGCAAUCAUUCCAACAUCAGAUGCUUAAGAGAAAUCAAGCACACCCGCCGGUACAAGCACAACAUUCGCAACAACAGCAGCCUCAACAAAAUGUUAUGCAGCCAACUCAGCAAUCUGGCAUGCAAACAUCAUCUGUUAUGCAGCCUUCAUUGAUGCAGUCAACUCCUAUAUCUAAUCUUCCCCAGAAUCAGCUAUCCUCCGCCCAACAGUCAGCACAAUCCAUCCUUCAGCAGCAUCCACAAUCUGUCACCAGGCAACAACAACUGCAACAACAGGGUGUUGGUAUUCAUCAACAGCAGACGCAGAUGAUGCAGCCGCAAUUGCUGUCCACGCCGCAGCAGCCGCAGCUAUUGCCAACCCAGCAGCAGCAACAACAACAACAGCAGCAGCCAAUGCAAUCUCAGCAACAGCUGGUGGGGCAACAGGCUAAUGCUGCAACCAUGCAGCAGAAUCAGUUUGCCGGGCAACAAAACAAUAUUGGGGACAUGCAGCAGCAGCAGCAGAGAUUGCUCAGCCAACAGACUAACCAUCACAGUCUGCAGCAACAGCAGCAGCACCAUUCGAUGACUCAGCAGAAUAACCUUUCUGGUAUGCAUCAGCAACAGCUGGGUAGUCAGAGUAAUUUCUCUGGUCUACAGCAGCCAACACAGCAGCAACAGUUGCUUGGAGCUCAGUCUGGUAACUCAAGUAUGCAGAACAAUCAGCAUGCUGUAAAUAUGCUGCAGCAGCAACCCAAGGUUCCUCUAUUGCAACAAACACAACAAAAUUCUCCUAAUUUAUUACCAACACAAGGCCAGCAGACACAAUCACUAGCAUCACAGCAGCAGCAGCAGCUUGGUCUGCAACAACAGCCUGGGCAGUUGCAGCAGCAGCUUGGUCUACAACAACAGUCUAAUCCACUGCAAAGGGAAAUGCAGCAAAGGAUGCAAGCCUCUGGGCAUGCACCAGGAUCUUUGGUGCAACCUCAAAAUGUGAUUGAUCAGCAGAAGCAGCUAUAUCAAUCACAAAGAGUACUUCCUGAGACAUCAUCAACAUCUCAAGAUUCUACGGCGCAAACUGCUCAGGCAAAUGGAGUUGAUUGGCAAGAGGAAGUCUAUCAAAAGAUCAAAACUAUGAAGGAGAUGUACUUACCCGAGUUAAAUGAAAUGUACCAGAAAAUCGCUGCAAAGCUGCAGCAGCAUGAUUCUCUUCCACAGCAACCCAAGACAGACCAGCUUGAAAAGUUAAAGAUGUUUAAGACUAUGCUGGAGCGCAUGAUAUCUUUCUUACAAGUAUCAAAAAGCAAUGUCUUGAUCAGUUUCAAGGAGAAGCUUAGUUCCUACGAGAGACAGAUAAUAACUUUCUUGAACACAAAUAGGCCCAGGAAACCUAUGCCUCAAAUGCAGCAAGGGCAACUUCCCUCUUCUCACAUGCAAUCGUUACAACAAUCUUCGUCCCAAAUCACUCAAGCACAAUCCCAUGAAAAUCAAAUGAAUCCCAUGACCUUACAAAGUUCUGUGUCAGCAAUGCAGCAAAACAAUAAUAUGGCAAGCAUGCAGCAGACCAAUAAUAUGGCAAGCAUGCAGCAUAGUUUAUCUGGUGUUUCGUCGCCACAGCAGAACAUGAUGAACUCAAUGCAGGCAGGUUCUAAUCUUGAUUCUGGACAGGGAAAUGCUAUGGCCUCAUCGCAACAGGGUGCUAUGGGGUCUCUACAACAGAAUCCUAGUUCUUCCCAGCCCGCAAGUCUCAGCUCCGUGUCUUCACAAAGUGGGUUGACUAUGUUGCAGCCAAACCUUCCUCUUCAGUCAAAUUCGAACAAUAUGCUUCAGCACCAGCAUCUGAAGCAGCAGCAGCCGCAUGAUCAACAGAUAUUACAGUCACAUCAAUUUAAACAACAUCAACAGCGUCAGAUGCAGCAACAAUUAAUGCAAAAGCAGCAUAUGAUUCAGCAGCAGCAUCAACAUCAACAACAGCUGCAACAACAUCAACAGCAGCAGCAGCAACAAAAUCAGCAAGUAAAGCAGCAGCAACAAAUAUCACAGCUACAUCAGAUCAAUGAUGCAACUGACGUGAAAAUUAGACAAGGUUUGGGAGUUAAACCAGGCGUGUUUCAGCAGCAUCUCUCAUCCAGUCAGCGUGGUGUUUACCCUCAGCAGAUGAAGUCUGGCGCCACUUUUCCCAUCUCUUCGCCUCAGCUGCUUCAAACUCCUUCGCCACAGUUACCACAACAUUCUUCUCCACAGGUUGACCAGCAGAACCUACUGUCUUCGCUUCCAGGAACUGGAACUCCUCUACAGCCUGCAAAUUCACCUUUUGUUGUCCCAUCGCCUUCCACUCCUUUGGCUCCAUCUCCUAUGCCUGGAGAUUCCGAGAAACCAGGGAUUUCUUCCCUUUCGAAUGCUGGUAAUGUUGGACACCAACACCCAUCAUCUCUUGCGAUUGGCACUCCUGGGAUCUCUGCUUCACCAUUGCUUGCAGAGUUCUCUGUUCCUGAUGGGGCUCAUGGCAAUGCUUUGACAACUGUCUCUGGAAGGCCAUCUGUUUCAGAGCAGCCACUUGACCGGUUAAUUAAAGCGGUGAAGUCUAUUUCUCCCAAGGCAUUGAAUGCAGCUGUGAGCGACAUUGGCUCGGUCGUCAGUAUGAUUGACAGAAUUGCAGGAUCAGCCCCGGGUAAUGGAUCUAGAGCAGCAGUAGGUGAGGAUUUAGUGGCGAUGACUAAAUGCCGUCUUCAAGCAAGAAAUGUCAUCACUCAAGAUGGUAUUAGUGGGACGAGGAAAAUGAAGAGAUACACGAGUGCCAUGCCUUUGAAUGUCGCGUCGUCUGCCGGCGGCGUGAGCGACAGCAAGCAGUUGAGUGGACCAGAGACUUCUGAUCUCGAGUCGACUGCAACAUCUGGUGUCAAGAGGCCUAGGUUGGAGGCAAACCAUGCGCUUUUGGAAGAGAUAAGGGAGAUAAAUCAGGGACUUAUUGACACUGUGGUUGAUAUCAGCGAUGAAGAUGUCAAUCCAACUGCAGUAACUGCUGCUGCUGCUACUGAAGACGGUGGGGGAGGAACUUUAGUAAAGUGUUCAUUCAGUGCGGUAGCCCUUAGCCCCAACUUGAAAUCGCAGUAUGACUCGGCUCAAAUGUCACCAAUUCAGCCUCUCAGAUUGCUUGUGCCUAUGAACUAUCCAAAUUGCUCCCCAAUUCUACUGGACAAGUUCCCUGUUGAAGUCAGCAAGGAGUACGAGGAUCUAUCGGUGAAGGCCAAGUCGAGAUUCGGCAUUUCUCUUCGUAGCCUCUCGCAACCAAUGUCUCUCGGGGACAUCGCACAUACUUGGGAUGUAUGUGCCAGGGCAGUGAUCUCAGAGCACGCCCAGCAGAGCGGCGGAGGUAGCUUCAGUUCUAAGUAUGGCACCUGGGAGAACUGCUUAAGCGCUGCUUAA